CAUUCUCACCAUGUUAUUUCUCUCCCACCAUUUUCGGAUUCUCCACCUUCUUUCUUGGAAGUCGAACUACCUCUUCAUUUACGAAACCCUAGAUUUCCUUGGUCAAAUCUUUCGCAUUUCCACACUACAUUAUUCUACUCUACUGUAGCUACUACUAGCACUACUGUUGAAAAUUUCAUUGCAGGUUCAUGGUUUAAUUGGAUUAUAUAUUUCAGUCAGAAUCUUAGUUUGUUUUGUUCUUAAGCUAACUUAGACCGGUAUGGGCAGCAGUAAAGUUAAUGCUGAUAGAACUAUAUCUAUUUUAGUCUUGAUUUUCAUCAUUCUAUGGAGAUUUUCAUGGCAAGUACAAUGUCUGUUACUUGAUGGAUUGAAUCAAACAAGUAAUACUGAGUUACAUCUAUUACUUGAUGAGUACAAUAAAACAAGUAGUCCGGAGCUACUUCCAUUGGUUACAAAGCUCAUUUACAAACAUUUAUCUAACCUCACAGAUAUCUAUCAAGAUGAAAUUAGUCGUAAAUUGGCUUUCUGUAUCAAGGAUCAGGAAAAAGAUUGGAAUGGGGCAUUUGAUUUUACGUCGGAUUUGGAUUUCUUAUCUUCUUGUAUUGAGAGAACAAAAGGAGAUAUCGCUCUACGCCUCUGUACAGCAGCAGAAAUAAAGUUUUACUUCAGUAGAUUUCUUGCAACGAGCUACUUAAUGCCUAACAAGAAUUGUAAUAUGACCACAUGGAAUCCUGGCUGUGAACCUGGAUGGGCUUGUAGAGUUGGCCUUGAUGAUCCGAUUGAUUUAAGGAAUUCAAAGGACAUGCCUACCAGAACUAGCAGUUGUCACUCUUGUUGUGCGGGCUUCUUCUGUCCACAUGGUCUUACUUGUAUGAUACCGUGCCCACUAGGUUCUUAUUGUCCACUUGCGGAACUAAACAAAGCAACUAGCAUGUGUGAUCCAUACCGAUACCAUCUACCUCCUGGACACCGAAAUCAUACUUGUGGAGGAGCAGAUUCAUGGGCUGAUAUUAGGAGUAGUUGGGAGGUGUUCUGUCCAGCGGGAUCAUACUGUCCCUCUACCACCAAAAAAAUACCUUGCAGUGAUGGACAUUAUUGCCGUACGGGUUCUACAUCUGAAAAAAAGUGCUUCAAGUUGACUUCUUGCGAUCUAAAUACAGCGACACAAAAUCUUCAUUUGCAUGGUGGUUUUCUUAUUGCUGCAUUGACUACUUUGUUGAUCAUUAUCUACAACUGCUCUGGUCAUGUUCUUGUCAUUCGUGAAAGAAGAAAUGCUAAAUCCAGGGAAGCUGCAGCAAGGAGUGUCCGAAGAGCUGCGCAGGCACAUGAAAGGGGGAAGGCCGCAGGAGACGUUGUUAAGAAGCAUGCAUCUGGACUGCAAAAAUCCCUGUCACGUACGUUUUCUUUUCAAAAGGCUGCAAUACAACCAGAGGAAAUAAUAGUUCUGGGCCAGAUUAGAUCUGAGCUGGAUAAGGGCAUAGGUUUUUCACAUGCGUCACAGCAGAAAUCAUAUAUCGCAGACAAAACUAAGAAAAAAGGAUCAGGAAGUCCCACACAGAAUAAGCAAGAACUCGGUGAUAACUUCAGUCUGGAGAGUGGUAAAAAUCAUGCCCCCGAGGGGAGACAUAUGCAUACUAAUAGCCAAAUCUUCAAGUAUGUAUAUGGCAAAAUUGAGAGAGAGAAAGCUCUGCAACUAGAAAAUAAGAACUUGACAUUUUCCGGAAUUAUUAAGAUGGCUACUGGGAUAGAGAUCGCAACCAGACCAAUGAUUGAGGUUUCUUUCGAAGACCUAACCCUUACAUUGAAAGGGAAAAACAAACAUCUUUUGAGGGGUGUCACUGGAAAAAUCAUGCCGGGCCGCAUUUCUGCUGUCAUGGGUCCAUCUGGAGCUGGAAAAACAACAUUUCUUAAUGCUCUGGCAGGAAAAGCUACGGGCUGCAAAAGGAAAGGAAUUAUUCUUAUUAAUGGAAUGAAUGAUUCCAUCCACUCAUAUAAGAAACUUGUCGGUUUUGUGCCACAAGAUGAUAUUGUGCAUGGGAAUUUGACAGUAGAGGAAAAUCUCCUUUUCAGUGCCAAAUGCAGGCUAUCUUCUGGCAUGCCAAAAGCAGACAAGGUUCUGAUCAUUGAAAGAGUUAUUGACUCCUUGGGGCUACAUUAUGUAAGAGAUUCCUUGGUUGGAACAGUAGAGAACCGGGGAAUUUCCGGAGGUCAGAGAAAACGAGUAAAUGUUGGAUUGGAAAUGGUUAUGGAACCGUCACUUCUGAUUUUGGAUGAACCAACGUCUGGAUUAGACAGUUCAUCCUCCCAGUUACUUCUAAGAGCACUUCGCCGUGAGGCUCUUCAAGGGGUAAACAUCUGCACAGUAGUUCACCAACCCAGCUAUAGCCUGUUCAAGAUGUUUGAUGAUCUCAUACUUCUAGCCAGAGGUGGUCUUACUGUAUAUCAUGGACCAGUAAAGGAAGUUCAAGAUUAUUUUGCAGGCCUUGGGGUCAUAGUUCCUGAUCGCGUUAAUCCACCAGAUCACUUUAUCGACGUUAUGGAGGGUAUAGUGCUAAGCCAAAGCAUAGACAUCAAACAGCUUCCUCUCAGAUGGAGGCUUCACAAGGGAUACCCAAUACCCCCAGAUAUGCAGCUCAAUGCUGUAGAUGUUGCAAUUUCAUCAAGAGGUCCAGAUUUGAGUAAUGAGACAGAUUGCGAAAGUGAUGUAGAUGAAGUUGAAGAGAGUUCGUUCGCUGGGGAUUUGUGGGAGGAUGUUAAGUGUAAUGUAGAGAUCCAACGGGACAACAUACACCACAAUUUCUUGAUGUUGAAAGAUCUGUCUAACCGCCACACUCCAGGUGUAUUUAAGCAGUAUAAAUACUAUCUUGGGAGGGUUAGCAAACAACGGUUAAGAGAAUCUAAAACUCAAGCGGUGGAUUUUUUAAUCUUAUUUCUUGCCGGAGCUUGCUUGGGAUCACUGGCCAAAGUCAGUGAUGAUAAUUUCGGGGCAGCAGGGUUCUCCUACACAAUAAUUGCUGUUUCUCUUCUGUGCAAGAUUGCUGCUUUGAGAUCCUUCUCAACGGACAAGUUAAUUUACUGGAGAGAGAGCAGUUCCGGCAUGAGCAGUCUUGCUUAUUUUUUAUCAAGAGAUACUGUUGAUCAUUUCAAUACACUUGUGAAACCUGUUCUAUAUCUUUCCAUGUUUUAUUUCUUCAACAACCCUAGGUCUUCGUUCAUGGAUUAUUACAUUGUUAUGGUCUGUCUUGUGUACUGUGUCACUGGUAUAGCCUAUGUAUUUGCCAUCUUUUUCGAACCUAGCUCAGCACAGCUGUGGUCAGUUCUCCUUCCUGUUGUUCUGACUCUCGUCUCAACUCGGAAGACAACUGGAUUAAUGACGACCAUAGCAAAUUUAUGCUAUCCAAAGUGGGCUUUGCAAGCAUUUGUGAUCUCAAAUGCGGAGAGGUAUUCUGGAGUUUGGCUGAUAACGCGUUGUGGUUCACUCAUGCAAACCGGCUAUGAUCUUCGUAACUGGAAUUUUAGUUUGGGCGUUCUAAUCCUAUACGGUGCAUGUAGUCGCAUACUCGCAUACUUCUUGAUGGUGACCUUCCAAAAGAAGUAAAUCAAAAUCGUUAUUCUUCACACUGUAUAAUUUUAGUUGAAGAAAGCAAUACAAAGAAAAGAAUGACAAGAAAGAAAAGCUCAUGGCUACUGUUGUAACGUACACGACAUGCAAGAGCAUUGGUAUCACUUAUAUCAACAACAACACAAGAUUUCAACCUAAAUCCUAAUCGAUACGAACUGCCAGCCAAACGAAUGAAAGAGAGGGUCCUGUAAUUAACACUCCGACCCUUACUAAAAUGUAGUCUUUUUUCCUCUUUCUUUUUUGAAGGUGCUAAAAUGUUUCCUAUGACCAUGUAUGAACCUCAUGGGACACAUUUGUUUGGUAGUACUGUACUUAGGCUGAGUUUGGUAAUGCUUUUAUUUUUCAAAAAACACUUUAAGAAAAUAUAUAUAGUAAUCAUUUUUCA